AUGAGCCUCCACCAAGAUUACUCCACUUCCUCGGAAUCCCCACCGUCACAGAUAACUGCACCUAUAGAUGUCGGAUCACAUAUCGUUCACCGGGAUGGGUUGGUCAAGGAGCUCAUCGCUCGAAUGAAGGCAUUUCAUAUUGUUCGAGUGAGGGGGACUCCUGCUUCGGGUAAGACAACCAUCGUGAAUCUACUAGCCAACAAGCUACUUGACUGUGAUCCAAAGACUCCUCUUUACGUCAUGUCUGGUUGGGAUGUAGAUAUGGUAACGAGAGCAAAGGGCUGGGCCGGUUAUCUCGAGCAGCGAACUGGUGUCCAUGGCCGCUCCUGGCUGACACAACGAGGGUAUCUCCUUAUCGAUGAGGCCCAACAAUCAUAUUGGGACGUCGCGCUAUGGGCGGAUUUGUUCAAAGCUGUUAACCCAUCAUCUCAACCUUACAUUGUACUGUUCAUGUCUUACGGCUCUCCAGAUAGGGGCUUUUCGGGUUUCGAGCGAAAACAUAUGGCGACGCCAAUGAUAUUCGGUGAGGGACAAGAAAUAUCACUUAGGCCCGAUAUCAAUAUCCAAUCACCCUGGAAACCUGUACUCUCCAAAGAAGUGCGAAACCGCAGACCGCUAGAAUGGCAAACAAUCAGCACAGCCUUUUUCAGUGACCCAAUGGGGUUUUUCCGAUGUCUUCGAAAUCUCCCAUUCUCUAGAGGUCUACCGCCAGCACGGAUUCUUCAAAUACCUAAUGUCGCCGCUGUGCUUAAGGAAGCCAUUGCUUCUGAUGGGAUCCUUACAUCCAGCUUCGCGGGUACAACUAAGGAGGCACAAGAAGGUCUCGAACAUAUCUUAGCCAACGGAUGGCUUCAUGCAGAGAUUUGCGAUGGAGGAGAGCGAUACAUAUUCGCAAGUCAAAUUCACCGUUGGUAUUGCCAGUGUCUUUUCUCCGAGAAACGCCCUGAUAACCAACUUGAUCACGACACUCCUUUACAGCUAGCGCUCGACGUUAUCAGAGGAUUCCAGCCAUGUCAGCUAGCACAUGCGCCUCGUUCGUUAGCAGGUAGUUCCCGACCACUGGAAGUCCAGUAUCAGAAGGAGUUUUAUCGCUGUCUCUUCCCUUUACUGGAUGGGCAUGUUGUCGUGUCUCCCGAGUUCGUGGUUCAUUCGGAUACUAAAGGUGGAACAAUUGACUUCCUUAUUACCCAGAAGAAGUGGGGGUUGGAACUCCUCAGAGAACGUGACCGGCUUCAAGAGCACAUGGACAGGUUCAAGCCAAAUGGACAAUAUUCCACCCUAAUCGAAGAAGGCCGGAUGGACGACUAUAUAGUUCUCGACUUUACCACUACAAUGCCACGAAAACCCCAUCCAGAGUUCCAGAACCGUUUAUACCACAUUGUAUUCUCGGAAAAAUAUCGGGACGUCUCAGUGAUCAAUGGAUGGGAUCUUCGAGUAGUUGACGCCUUUGUCUUGAUGGAUAAUAGAAAUUAG